CCGGCUUCGAACUUAGGCACUGAGGCCUCCCCGAGUGCUGAGGUCACAGGUGUGCGCCGGCGGUGCAGCCAGUGGCCGUGGGGCUCCCCGGUGACGUCAGGGGAGCCCACACCCGCGCCCCAGCUCUGAAACGCAUCUGAUGUGAGUAUUGCGGGGGCCGGAGCCAGGAGACCACUGCCUCUGGCCAACUGGGGCGAAGCCUGGAGCCCGCUGACGCGGGCCGCGUGUUGCCAGGGAGACGCGGGGGGGGGCCUGCCGGAGCCCCGCGAGCUGUCCCCAGCUCCCGGGAGGGCCCCGCCCCGCGGCCCCGGGCCCGGCGCCGCCAUCUUUGUUAGGGGCAGGCCCGGAUCCGCGAUGCCGAAGUCGUGCGCGGCCCGGCAGUGCUGCAACCGCUACAGCAGCCGCAGGAAGCAGCUCACCUUCCACCGGUUCCCGUUCAGCCGGCCCGAGCUGCUGAAGGCAUGGGUGCUCAACAUGGGCCGGGCGGGCUUUAAGCCCAAGCAGCACACGGUCAUCUGUUCUGAGCACUUCCGGCCUGAGUGCUUCAGCGCCUUCGGGAACCGCAAGAACCUGAAGCACAACGCCGUGCCCACCGUGUUUGCCUUCCGGGAGCCUGCACAGGUCCAUCCCGAGGCCGGGGCUGGGGGAGACAGCCCUGCCUGGAGCGCGGACUCUGACCGUGAGGAGCUGCAGCAGCCACCCAGGACCAAGGGGCUGGUGACACAGCCCCGGGGGCCCAGGCUGCCGGGCUCCUCUUGCUCCCUCUGUCCCCAGGCCUUACCUCCGAGGCCAGAAGCAGCCGGAGAUGCUGGCGCAGCGGCCAGCCAGCCAGGCCCGCGAAGACCCCUCCCCGGGCAGCCGUCGGACCACAGCUACGCCCUUCUGGACCUGGCCGCGCUGAAGAGGAAGCUCUUCCUCACGCUGAGAGAGAAUGAGCAGCUCCGGAAGCGCCUGAAGUCCCAGCGGCUGGUGCUGCGCAGGAUGUGCAGCCUUCUCCGAGCCCGCAGAGUGGGGUGCCAGGGAGCCCGGCCACGGCCUGAGCCACAGAGCUGAGCCUUCGGGGCUGUGGCCGCAUCCCCGGGCACGGACACUUGGGUCAGCGCCCACAGCAGAGAUGCCGGCAGGGCACCUGGUGCCGUCCACUGAGGGCACAGGUGGGACG